CUCACUCACACCACACUCACUCCUCACUAACUCACUCACACCUCACUCACUCACUCACACACUCACACAUCAAACUGUAUACUGGCAGUGGUACAUUCAUCUACUAACCUCUAAUGUUAUCUAUUUAGAGUGAAAGAAGUUAUGUUGUGGUUGAUGUUAUGAAGUGAAGAUGUCAGUGUUUAUAGCUGGGGAGGGGGCUGACAACCCCCCACAGACACGCUGCCGUAAAAAGUAUGAGACGAAGUACAGCACAAAAUAUGAAAGUGAGUAUGAAUGGGUUGGUCCAUCAUCUAAGGGGGAGACAUAUGCCCUGUGCCGCUGGUGCAUGGUGGACAUCUGCAUUAAGUCAGUGGGUGCUAAGGGGCUCCGGGACCACGAGAUUACUGGACGUCACAAACAGAAGGCCAGCGACCGUCCUCCACCACCACCACCUCAACUUAACAAUGCUGUGUAUCCCGUGCUGGAGGUUGAGGGAGGAGUAGAGCAACAGGGUGCGGAGCUGCCUGGGUCACCUCGCCCUGCAACGCCCCAGACACCAAAUACUCCCCUGAGUCCUCAUGGGGAAGACUUAACCCAUCCUCAACCCUCUUUAUUGGACUUUGGGACUCAACUUCCUCCAACCACUUCUCAAACGACAGCCUCUUCAUCAUCAGGCACACCUCCUGCCCGUACUGCCACAGUACAACCUAAGGUUGGAGAGUCGCUGGUUAUCGAGUAUGAUGAUCCUAAUGUGUGUGAUUCCUCUGUGUCGUCGGCACCAAAGGCAACAAAUGGAGGAACUGCCUCAAUAAAGAGAGAAACAGAGGAAAAGUUUACUGUGAGCACAGAUGACUUAACAUGUAAUGUUUGUGGUCAAGAGUAUACACAGUGGACACAGCUCAAGAAACAUUUGGUCAAUCAUAUUCUUAUGGCUCAAAAUUCUGCUGAUAGUAGGACAAAGGUGAAUCCUCGAGGACGUGGGAGACUACCUAGCAGUAGAAAUUUUAGUCGGCCAUCUCGGACCGUCCAACCUGUAGUACGCAACCAACAAAAGCAAGAACCAGAUACUGAUGAAACAACAAGAGUCAAACGACGUGGGCGACCGCCCGGUAGCCGUAACAAGACCCGUGCCGACACGUCCAGCCCACAAGUGAACCAGCCUUCUCCAAGAAGAACUGUCCGUCAACAUACAGUGCAUCGGGUGAGCACCGUUCAGGAAGCUGCUGUAGAUGACCCCCUGUACCAAGAACCUGAAGCGUGUGAGGUGACUGUCACUGGUAGUGAUGUAGCAGUUAAAGACCAUGAAGUUGAAGAGGACGGGGAGGAGGAGGAGGAGGAAGUAAGUGAAGAAGAAGGAAAUGAAGGCCCAGGCUGUGAGGAGGAAACAGAUGGGUGUGGGAAGAGGAAACCUGGUCCACUCCAGUGUCGUGUGUGUAGAUUUGUCUUCUUUAAUAGAGGUGAACUGAGAGAACACCAACGGUCGGAACAUAACAAUGGGCGGCCAUACCAAUGCAGUCACUGCCAGAAAUUCUUCACCACCAAGAAUCACAUGGAGGUUCAUGUCCGACAUAAACACACUUCUGGACCAAAUCCUUGUCAGUGUGCAAUUUGUGGGAAGGUCCUCUCAUCCCGAACUAAUCUCAGAAUACAUAUGCGUAUACAUAAAGGAGAACGUCCAUUUGAAUGCCCCGUGUGUCAUAAAGCAUUUAGUCGUAAAGCCAACAUGGAAAUGCACCUCGUUUACCACACAGGAGAACGACGAUUUACCUGUGAAAUAUGUGGUCAAUCAUUCUUUGCAAUCAAUGCUCUUAAAAGGCAUACAAAGCUACAUACAGGUGAGCGAGAUUAUGCCUGUGAAAUCUGUGGUGCUACCUACGUGACAGGAACUGACUUGCGACGUCAUCGUUUGAAGCAUGAUGAAGUCAAGCCAUUUCCAUGCCAACUUUGUGAGAAGCAGUUCACACGUUCCCAUGAUCUUAAGGUACACUUGAGAUAUCACAACAAGGAACUUCGAUACACCUGUGAUGUUUGUAACAAGCAGUUUGUGGAGUCUGGCAAUUAUAAGAGACACAUGAGACGACACACGGGGGAAAGACCGUACACCUGUGGUAUAUGUCUUCUCACUUUUUCACAGGUUCAUCAUAUGAAAACCCAUAUGCGAACCAACCACAGUGAAGAGACAGGUGGUGGGGAAGAUACUGGUCAGGGAGCCAGUGGUGGACGUGGAAGACUGCCACCACAUCGUAAUCCCAGAAUUCCCUGCAGGCGCACUUCAAAGCCCCCACAAAUGCAACAGUCAUCUGUUCAUCCCACUCACAGUCACCCACAUCCACACCUGGCACCACAUCCCCAUGGAGUGGGAACUAGUGGGAGUGGGGUGGCUGUACAUUCUGGCCAGCCAAUAUCUCCUCCAAUGGCUCAUUCUGGUACUGUGCCUGGGACUGUUGCUCCAACUCACACUACCCAAAUUCCUGCCUCAGGAGGAGUAAACCAUCCAGCAGCUAUGUCGGGCUUCCUUCAUGGGUACAACUCUCACAUAUACAACCACAGUGUAAUGCCACAUUACCCUCUCUUUGAUAUGUGUCCUCCACAGAAUUGUGUCAAUCAUCUUCCAACACACUAAUGCCUGGUAACAAGAAUAUUCAGGUAAUUGUUGUGCAAUUGUUAAGCUAUGCAAGAUUGUAUAUUACUCUUAUUAUUUUUCCUUUCUUCUCAUAAUUAUUUUGAGUAACCUGAAUCACUUUAUGUGCUGGAACAAUCAUUAUUUUUAGUUUUUCACUUCACCAUGGCAAUGAUAAAGACUGUGAUGUAGGGGUGUUCAUUAUCAUCCUGGAUUUCUUUGUCCUGUCUGUUGACAAUAUAUUUCUUGGCAUAGCACUUCCUUCUUUUUAUAGUUUUAUGAUUUUUGAUAUGUAGGUUCUUUGGCACAACAUUUGAGAUGGUAUUGAAUACCAGUAGUGACCAGCCCUUUCUUCUCUCCCAAGGUGGGUUAGUCAACUCACAGUGAGCCAUAUUACUUGUUGCAUUUUGUCUUCCACUCUCAUUUAAAACUAAUUUCUUCCUUGUACUGUCUAGUCGACCCUCUGGCAGUGUUUAAUGGUACAAUACCUGUAUAUCCCUAAUCAGAUCAACUUAAACACUGCCUCUGUACAUCUCUUGCAGUCUACCUCCUCUCCUGAAUAUAUUGAUCUGUUCUCCCACUUAAUGUGAGGAGCAUCAAAGUGUACAGAAUCCAUGGUCAUAAAUCACCGGUGUUUUAUGUUCUGUAUUCAUAUCAUCUUGGAAUAAUUUUGUGACUGAUUUUAUAAUGAGUCUUCACAAUGUUGUUACUGUAUUCUUUUAAUUCCUGUGAUAUUGUUUUGGUUGUUAUUGUCUAUUGUUUUACUUAGCUAACUCAACAGAAGGCUAUAUCUAGCUUAUGUAUAUUUAGGUCACCAACUGUCACCAUCCUCUAUUGUUAGAACACUGCCAUAUUUUAUUAAACUUUUUAUGUUGGAUAUUCAUGAUAUUGUUGACUGAUAAUUACUUUGUGGGUUAUGACUAUUGCAACUGUGUGGCAUUAGUAGCAAUGAAUUUUAAAGACCAUUUCUCAACUUCUCCAGAACCAGUGAACUGUUUGAAGCAUAGUUGUUACACAUAGCUAUUAGGGUGGUCAGUCCAAGAAUAUUAUAUCUUGUUACUCAGGUAGUUGAGACAAUUUUAAUUUGCAGGCCCUAUGUGGUAUUGUACAUUACAGUAUCUUAUCGACCUGUCUAAUAUUUUUACUAUAAAAGUGUCUCUACUUCUGUUUGGGGUGGAUCUGGGGACACUAGUGGGGAAAAAUAAGGGAGAAUGGCUUCACUUAUCAAGAUUCACAAGUUCACUCUACUCAACAUGGGGUCACCACUCACAAGCCAGCAGCCUCUGUGUGCAAGGCAUGUUUUUUAAAUAUUUGUAAAAUACAUAUCAGGAUUUAGUUAUUAUUUAUAUAAAAAUGUAAUUUUAUUUAAUUUUUGCUCUUUUCCUUGUACUGUAAAUACAAAUAAAAUAACAGUGUAAAUUGAA